AUUCAUUUUGUUUUCCUAACCUAACCUACAGAAGAAAGAAACAAAGAAAGGGAAAGAAAGAAGAAGGGCGGCACAGGAGGAAGGGAGAGCCGAGAAGAAGAGGGGAAAGGGAAGGGGGCGGCACCGGCCGGCUGGGAGUCACCGUCGCCGUCGAGUCAUUAAGAGAGAGAGAGUCCGCAACUGGAAGGAGAGAGAGAAGCUGCCUCGCGUCUUGCUGUCGCCGCCGCCGUCGCCCUCAUCGCGAAUCCCCUACGUCGCCGUUGCGGGGAAAACCGGAGCUGAAGGAGAGAACCACGUGAGGAGAGGGAGUUGCUGCUGCCAGUCACCGCCGCUGACGUAGAUGGAGGUCGUUGCCGUUGCUGUGCACAUCAUCGGAGGAGGACCAGAACGCGAUGGAGGGGAGGAAGCCGUGCUGGGUUCGCAGUCACUGCCGUGUGUUGUGUCGUCUGCUGCUAGCACUGUCGCCACAGCCACUGUUGCCAAUAACUGCCGGUGGAAUCCCUGUCUCCUUGGGUCAAGUUCCGAGGAAUUGCAUGUCAAAUUAAGGUUGCCAUUAAACCACCGGAGUUUCUGGCCGCUGUCGAAGUUGCUGUUGGGUCAGCUCUGGAUUGCGGCUGCUCUGUCUUGUUGUUACAUUAAAGUCGUUUCUGCUAUUGCGGAAGUGAGCAGACCUGUGGUUAAAGCUGCAGUUGAUUUUGGGCUGAGAGAAAGGGUUCUUGUGACGCAUUUAGCUUAUGGGUUCGACUUUUCAAGGUAG